AUGAACUAUACGACGAUGCUUCACGGCAUGCCACAGGUGGGCAUGCCGUUCGCGGCUGUCCAACGGCCAAGUGACAUAAACCAACCCCGGCAUACGUCGUACCAAUACACGUACGGCGGCGAGCCUCUCUACCUCUUCCCACACAUGCACUCCCAGCACCGCAACAUGACCGAGGCGCAGAUGGCACUUGUUGCAAAGCAGGUCGACCCAAAGCCGAGACUAGGCAAGGACGAGGUUCAGCUUCUCGAGAACGAGUUUCAGAAGAACCCCAAACCGUCUUCGCUGCGGAAACGUGAGAUCGCCGAGCUGCUCAAGGUUGACAACCCGAGAAUUAAUAACUGGUUCCAGAACAGACGUGCCAAGGCCAAGCAGAUGGCACGUCGAGGAGAUGUGACGGUCCAAGAAGACGUGUCUCCGUCUGAAUCUUCGCCAACCGAACAGCCCGAGGAAUCGUCCAUGGUGAACGAGUACCUUGGGCCGCAAACCCAGAUCUUGCCAUUGCGGGCUUCCUCUGCUGCAUUUCCCACCGCCAAACAGCCUCCUCUCGCCAUCUACCCACUAGCCAACGACGGUAAUACUGCAGCUGGUCAGAGCGCAUCACCUUCUGCGCCAUCCAUUGAGGAAUACCCUUCCCCAAAGUCGCUCACUUUUCACACCACCACCGCCACCAUCACGGACGGUAGUCGUGAUGCUCCCCUGUUCGUGCCUGUGAUGAACGGCGCAUACCUGGCCUCCUCUCACCAUAACAAUGGCAGCUACAGCUCCCAUACUUCACCGCAGGCCAUCAUGGAUACCGAGCAUCUUUCUGAGCAUCAGGGCUUCGAGCAGUCUCUGGGCGCCUAUAUACCCUUCACGACGGAUAUGGGCGUGGACAAUGUUAUGGCCAACGUGGACGUUGACUCUUUCCAGGCCGAGCUCCUGAGAGCGGACGACGUCCCGCAGCUUGACGAGGACCUGGUGGUUCUGCCUUCAUACGAGGUCCCGUUGCUUGACGACACGCUGUCGCAAAAUAUGUCCGCUGCGCCGUCACCUGGCUCCGCCCACUCGCCGGCAUCGGCCAUCUCUGAUCUUCGCUUCAAGUCGCCUCCGCCGCCGGCAAACAUUGCGACCCGGAGGAACAAGGGCAUCCCGGCAAUGCUGAACUCAACGGCACUCCGCAGCUCAGCUUUCGGUCCCAAAACGAGUGUUGAUACUGGCAACAAGCGCCUGGAUGGCAGCACACCUUCCAUCCGCCGCAUUUCGUCGGCCACUGGCCUCAUGGCGAACCGCAUCCAGAAACCGAGUAUCCCUGCGGCUCCCCGCUCGCCACUGUACCUCGAGCACAACCAGGAAGCUCUUCUGCAGUCUCUUCAGACCUCUGCAGCAGUGGAAGCAAGUGGUGGCCCACCUUUGGUCCGGUCGCUCAGCAACAGCACGUCCAGCGUGUCACCGGGUGAGGCCAUGGUCUCAACGAACGGCAUGGCUAGCUCAGGCUCGUCCGAUGAUGAGCACCUGAUGCCUUUUGGCAGCAGCGCCGCCAACCACAACCCUUACUUUGCGACACAGUCCACGCUCAAGACCCCGCCUGGCACGCCGGGCUUCCAUGGCUUGAUGCACGCCGGCGCCGGUGAGCAUCAGCAUAUGAUGGACAGCCACUGGAGGUUUGUUCCACAGGACGAGGCGUUGUUGACACCGAGCCUGGGCAGCUUCGGCUCGGAGGACUUCUCCAUGCUGCAGGCGGCACCGCGCUACGUCAUGAACAGCCAGCCGCCAACGCCAUCCGUUCAUCAGUCACUGGGCCACGGCUACUUCCCGCUGCAGUUGCAGACUGGCGCCGUCAGCGGCGCCGCGGGCGUUCCGAGCCAGGCGCAGUAUACCUUCCCUGGCGAGGCUUACAUGAUCCCUGGAUCGUCCGGCACGUUGUCGCCGGGUCGCAGCAAGGUCAAGCAGUUCCAGUUCACUCCAAAUGUGACGCCGCAGGACUACAAUGGCGAGAAGUGA